AUGGGGCUCAACAAAAGCAUGUUUCGCUAUGCAGACGGCACGGACAAGCUGUUGAUGUUGUUUGGGACUUUAGGCAGCAUUGGUGAUGGACUGCAGAACCCUCUCAUGAUGUACAUUCUCAGUGAGGUUAUCAAUUCUUAUGGAAGUGCUAAUGGAGGUUUGACAAAUGCUGAUGUAGACAAGUUUGCACUCAGGCUCUUCUAUGUUGCCAUUGGAGUUGGACUUGCAGCAUUUGUUGAAGGGUUAUGUUGGACACGAACUGCAGAGAGGCAGACUUCCAGAAUGCGAAAGGAAUAUCUGAAAUCUGUUCUUAGACAAGAAGUUUCCUUCUUUGACACCCAGACGGCCGGUUCUUCAACAACAUACCAAGUUAUCUCAAUCAUCUCCUCUGAUGCCAACGCAGUCCAAGUUGCCUUAUGCGAGAAGAUACCUGACUGCCUGACAUACAUGUCAACUUUCUUCUUCUGCCACAUAUUUGCCUUCAGACUGUCAUGGAGGUUGACGUUGGCUGCUAUGCCGCUUUCAAUCAUGUUCAUAGCUCCAGGACUUAUAUUUGGAAAGAUUCUGAUGGGCCUGGUAAUGAAGGGGAUUGAAGCUUAUGGAGUUGCAGGGGGAUUUGCCGAACAAGCAAUUUCUUCAGUAAGAACUGUAUACUCUUAUGUUGCAGAAAAUCAGACACUAAAUAGGUUCAGCACUUCACUUCAGAAAGUUACUAAACUUGGAAUCAAGGUAGGUCUUGUAAAGGGAUUGCUGAUGGGAAGCAUGGGAAUCAUUUAUAUCGGUUGGGGGUUUCAGGCUUGGGUUGGCACUUAUUUGGUUACUCAGAAAGGAGAAGAUGGUGGGCAUGUUUUUGUAGCCGGUUUCAAUGUCCUCAUGGGAGGCCUGAGUAUUUUAAGUGCUCUCCCAAACUUGACUGCUAUCACAGAGGCAUUGGCAGCUACAACUCGAAUUCUUGAAAUGAUUGAUCGUGUUCCUAGUAUUGACAGUGAAGACAGAAAAGGGAAGGCUUUAUCACAUGUCAGAGGAGAAAUAGAAUUCCAAGACAUUUACUUCAGUUACCCAUCAAGACCUGAUACCUCAGUCUUACAAGGCUUGAAUCUUAAGGUUCCAGCCGGUAAGAGUGUAGGUCUAGUUGGGGGCAGUGGUUCUGGCAAGUCAACAAUCAUUGCAUUGCUUGAGAGAUUUUAUGACCCUAUUGAAGGAGAAAUACUCUUGGAUGGACACAAAAUUAGAAGACUUCAGGCAAAAUGGUUGAGAUCCCAAAUGGGUCUGGUUAAUCAGGAACCUGUUCUGUUUGCAACUUCCUUAAAAGAGAACAUCCUUUUUGGAAAGGAAGGAGCUUCAAUGGAAGAAGUAAUAAACGCGGCUAAAGCUGCAAAUGCACAUGACUUCAUUGUUAAAUUACCAGACGGAUAUGAAACUCAAGCUGGUCAAUUUGGGUUCCAACUUUCUGGCGGGCAAAAGCAGCGAAUUGCUAUAGCAAGAGCUCUGCUAAGGGAUCCAAAAAUCCUACUUCUUGAUGAAGCAACUAGUGCACUGGAUGCACAGUCUGAAAGAGUAGUGCAGGAGGCAAUUGAUCAGGCGUCAAAAGGGAGGACAACAAUCAUAAUUGCCCACCGCCUUUCUACAAUCCGAACAGCAAAUUUGAUUGUGGUUCUUCAAGCUGGGAAAGUAGUUGAAUCAGGCUCACACAAUGAGCUGAUGCAAAUGAAGGGGGAGCAGGGAGGUGAAUACUUCAAGAUGGUACAAAUGCAGCAGAUGGCAAGCCAAAAUGAGGCUGCUGAUGAUUAUGAAAAACCUCGCCGUAGGAGGAGCGUUACACCAAGCCCCAUUAGUUACAGAUCAACUGCUCCUUCUCCAGCGUUCAACCCCACAGCUAUGUCUAUGUCCAUGGGGACACCCUACUCCUUCUCUGUCCAAUAUGAUCCUGAUGAUGAAAGUGAUGAUGAAGACUUCAAGCGCCCAACUUAUCCUCCUCCUUCACAAUGGCGUUUGCUGAAAAUGAAUGCACCAGAAUGGGGACAAGCCUUACUUGGAUGCUUGGGUGCAAUAGGUUCUGGGGCAGUACAACCUAUAAACGCCUACUGUGUCGGAUCACUUAUAUCGGUUUACUUCCUCCAGGACAAAUCUGAAAUUAAGUCCCAAUCCAGGGUCUUGUCCCUUGUUUUCUUAGGCAUUGGUGUUUUCAACUUCUUCACCAAUCUCCUCCAACACUACAAUUUUGCAAUCAUGGGAGAAAAGUUGACCACAAGGGUAAGAGAGCAACUACUUGAAAAGCUGAUGACUUUUGAGAUUGGGUGGUAUGAUCAAGAUGAGAACACAAGUGCAGCCAUUUGUGCAAGGUUAGCCACUGAAGUAAACAUGGUUCGAUCUCUUGUUGGGGACAGGAUGUCAUUGCUGGUCCAAGCAGUUUUCGGGGCUACCUUUGCUUAUGCAGUAGGACUUGUGCUGACAUGGAGGCUAGCCCUUGUGAUGAUAGCAGUGCAGCCAAUAGUCAUUGGGAGCUUUUAUGCAAGGAGUAUCUUAAUGAAGAGUAUGGGAGAAAAAGCCCGGAAAGCUCAAAAGCAAGGAAGCCAAUUGGCAAGCGAAGCUGUCAUCAACCACAGAACUAUAACUGCCUUUUCUUCUCAGAAAAGAAUUUUGGGGCUGUUUAGUGCAACCUUGAAAGGUCCUAAGAAGGAGAGUAUCAAACAGUCCUAUGUUUCGGGUGCUGGCUUGUUUAGCUCCCAAUUCUUCAACACUGCUGCUACAGCUUUAGCUUACUGGUAUGGUGGGAGGCUACUGGUGCUGGAGGAGAUAACUCCAAAGCAUCUAUUUCAGGCUUUUUUGAUACUUCUAUUUACCGCUUAUAUCAUUGCAGAAGCUGGAAGCAUGACUUCUGAUAUAUCUAAAGGAAACAGUGCCAUUCAAUCGGUGUUUGCCAUUUUAGAUAGGAAAAGUGAGAUCGAUCCGGAUAACAAAUGGGGACUGGAAAUUAAGAGGAGGAUAAAGGGUCAUGUCGAGUUCAGAAAUGUUUUUUUUUCAUAUCCAACAAGACCUGACCAGAUGAUACUGAAAGGACUGAGCCUCAGAAUUGAUGCAGGCAAGACAGUGGCACUAGUGGGGCAGAGUGGUUCUGGAAAAUCCACCAUUAUUGGGCUCAUUGAGAGGUUUUAUGAUCCAAUGAAGGGAUCAGUCUGUAUAGAUGAACAGGAUAUUAAAAACUAUAACUUGAGAAUGUUGAGGUCACAUAUAGCAUUGGUAAGUCAGGAGCCUACCCUGUUUGCUGGAACUGUCCGUGAAAAUAUUGCAUACGGUAAAGAGAACGCAAAAGAAUCUGACAUCAAGAGGGCUGCAGUUCUGGCCAAUGCACAUGAAUUCAUAAGUGGAAUGGAUAAUGGUUAUGAUACAUAUUGUGGAGAGAGAGGAGUUCAGCUAUCAGGAGGUCAGAAACAAAGGAUUGCAAUAGCUCGGGCAAUACUGAAGAAACCGUCAAUCCUCCUACUGGAUGAGGCUACCAGCGCGCUUGAUAGCGUGUCGGAGAAGGCAGUUCAAGAAGCGCUCGAGAAGAUGAUGGUCAGUAGAACAUGUAUAGUCAUUGCUCACCGGCUAUCCACGAUACAGAAGGCCAACUCCAUUGCUGUGAUCAAGAAUGGUAAGGUUGCAGAACAAGGUUCACACAAUGAAUUGAUUUCCUUGGGACGCAACGGAGCAUACUACUCUCUGAUAAAACUACAGACUGGUAAUUCACCUCCCAGGUAA